AUGUCUUCUUCUGCUUCUAUUGAACUAGAGCAAUUCAAAGGAAAUGUUGACUCCUUCCAGCUACCUUGGGUAGAAAAAUAUCGGCCACGCGUCUUAGACGAUAUCGUUGGCAACGAGGCAGCGAUUGCUCGGCUUAAAGUCAUUGCGAACACGGGAAACAUGCCAAACUUGCUAUUAUCAGGAGCUCCAGGGAUCGGUAAAACGACUAGCAUUGUAUGUCUUGGGAAUACGAUGUUGGGAGAUAAGGCAAAAGAAGCCAUACUAGAACUGAACGCGUCUGAUGAUCGAGGGAUUGAUGUGGUUCGAAAUAGAAUCAAGGCAUUUUCUAAAAUGAAACUAACGCUUCCACCUGGUCAAACAAAGAUAGUUGUGCUUGAUGAAGCUGACAGUAUGACUUCAUCCGCACAACAAGCUCUUCGUCGUAUCAUGGAAAUGUACUCGAAUAUAACGAGAUUCGCGCUCGCGUGUAAUCAACCAAACAAGCUUAUCGAACCGAUUCAGAGUAGAUGCGUUAUUCUGCGAUUCAACAGAUUAUCUAAUGAGCAAGUUCUAAAACGAUUAUUGGAGAUAUGUAAAUUAGAAAAUGUAACUAUCUUUUAA